CUUUACAAUUUGUGUUAUAAGUUCAGCUGUGUUGAGGGGCAUUUAUAUACUACUACGCGUUUCUUUGGGUGCACUUGAAAGUUUAAAAGAAUCUCUUCAAUAAUUUCAUUUAAGGUUGUGUUUUAGAGCGUUAACGUUGUAAGUAUAUAUAUACCAUAUAGCAUUCCUAUCACCAUUACUGAUUACUAUGGCAGUCAAAGAAAAAUCCUCGACUCCAGUGCAUAGGAUUUAAGAAUCCGUGAGCGGUUCAGAAUCCAGCUUAUUACGUAUACAAUGCCAGAAGUGAGGUCGCAUCUGACCAAAUCCAUAUUCUCCACAAUCCUAAUGCAAAAGAAUCUAGGCAGAGCAAACUAUUGACGCCGACUACGAAGAGAUCGGAUGGUAUACUUUCGACGACAUUGAUGUGGAUAGAUGGAUGUCAUGGGAAGGUCCAUGUAGCUUUGAUUUAUCUGGUCCUAGUCGUAUCUCUAUUGGAACGAAUGGAGUAGUUUCUGUCAAUUAUGACACAUAUAAGCCACAGCAGGAUGUCCAUCUUCCCAGAGGGUGGUACGCAGUUGUUUGUAAUGCGAAAUUCAAACUGGUGUUGGGUACCUAGUUGAGCUACUAGGUAAUUUUCAGUAAGAGGAAAGGCAUUUCGACCUCUACUGAAACUCAACAUUAUUCCUACCCUAAAAUCACUGACAUCGUCGUUGUUGCCAAAAGAUAUCCCGAUGACAAGUAUCUAUAGACCUUCC